AUGACGAUCUAUAUCGCUUCGCUGUUUCUGCCAUAUACCGUUAACUUCCACCUCAAUGAGUCGAAAGAUCGUCCACUCCAUACAGGCUCUGAGCCGUCGAAGCCUGGCGCGGAGGCCUCAGCCUCAGCAGCCAAUGCAGCCGUCAGCUUAUUUGAGAAACAGAACCGCGAUCAGAAAGUCGGUCUCACACCGGGCGCCACCACCGAACAUGAGCGGAUCUUCUCGUCAGAUCUCGCAAGGGCCGAACAGGAGCAUUCCGGAUAUCCAUUUCCGGAUAUAACUCAAGAUGGAAUUCUUCUAACCGAAAGUGAAGCACACUCUCCUGCAUGGGGUUCAACGCUAUCUUUGAACCAGCCGCGGCCACGGGCAACUAUUCCGCCGUCCCCAUCCAUCCUUAAGCACCAGGAGCCUGUUGCUCCCACGACAGAACCUUCUCCCAAGAGAUCCAAUAAGGAACAGAAACCACUCUAUACUCAACGCCAUAGUGGGGUUCACCACAGCAGGGAACCCAGCCGUAAGGGUUCCUUCUCCAGUGCUGAAUGGACAAUCGAGACGGCAGAGCAGGGCAAUGGGGGGCUUCGCAACGCUGUUCGGUCAGCAACAGAUGCAGGACAAUUAGAAGACAAGGUCUGGGUUGGUACACUAGGAAUGCCGACAGAUGCUUUGUCUAAGUACACCAAGUCUGCGAUUGCUGAAAAGCUUGAGGAUGAGUACGACUCGUUGACUGUAUAUGUUAGCGACGGUGAUUUUGAUGGCCAUUAUACUCACUUCUGCAAAACGAUACUCUGGCCUGUGUUCCACUACCAGAUCCCCGACAACCCGAAAAGUAAGGCAUAUGAGGACCACUCCUGGGUCUACUAUGUUAAGACCAACCAAGCAUUCGCAGAGCGAAUCGCUCGAAACUGGAAGCGCGGAGAUUCAAUAUGGAUUCAGGACUAUCACCUAUUGCUGGUUCCGGCCAUGCUUCGUAAACUGCUACCGGACGCCCAAAUUGGCUUUUUUCUACACAUUGCUUUCCCAUCUUCGGAAGUUUUCCGUUGCUUAGCCCCUCGUAAAGAACUCCUCGAAGGCAUACUAGGUGCAAAUCUUGUUGGCUUCCAGACAGAGGAGUACUGCCGACACUUUCUUCAGACGUGUAGCCGUAUUCUCUGCGUUGAGGCCACGAAUGAGGGAGUCCAGCUCGAAGAUCGGUUUGUCAACGUGAACAAAUUCCCAAUCGGCAUCGAUCCAACUUCAUGGGACAAGAGACGUAAGGCCACUGACGUUGAGCAAUGGGUUAAAACCAUCUCCGAAAGAUACGAAGGGAAACGAUUGAUCGUUUCACGCGACAAGAUUGACGGAGUCAGGGGAAUACGGCAAAAACUCCUUAGCUAUGAGCUAUUUCUCAAUACGUACCCUGAAUGGAGGGACCAGGUGGUAUUGAUCCAAGUUGCAACCAGUACUACAGAACAACCCGAACUUGAAGCUACAAUUUCUGAUAUAGCUAUGCGAAUCAAUUCUACAUUCUCAACCCUAGCUCAUCAACCGCUGGUUUUCCUCAAACAGGAUCUCGCUUUCCCACAGUAUCUCGCCCUAAUCUCGGUUGCAGAUGCUUUGAUGAUCACCAGUCUACGUGAGGGAAUGAACCUGACGAGUCACGAGUUUGUUUACUGUCAAGAUGGAAAAUAUGGCAACAAGAAGUAUGGGUCUCUGAUACUGAGCGAAUUCACGGGAAGUGCAUCGGUAUUCGGGAAUCAUGCUCUUUUAGUCAACCCUUGGAAUUAUCGGCAAUGUGCGGAGGCAAUUCACACAGCUCUGUCGAGGAGCGAGGAGGAACGCAAGCAAGUGUGGACUCAGUUACACAGUGCAGUCCUUCAAAACUCCACUGCCAACUGGGUCAAAUCCUUCAGCGAGACUCUGAACCGUGUUUGGAAUGAGCAAUCGUCGCGUGAGAUCAUGGCCGUUCCACGGUUGUCCGUCAGCAAACUCGAAGAGGCAUAUCGCCAGUCCAAUAGUCGGCUUAUCAUUGUGGAUUAUGAGGGCACCCUGGCCUCUUGGGGCUCCCCCAAAAGCAUCAUUGUCACUACACCGCAGCGAGCCAUUACGACGCUGACUGAGCUAACUGAGGAUCCUAGGAAUAUAGUAUUUGUCAUGAGCUCUAGGAUGCCAGAGGAGAUGGAGCGAUUGUUCCGGAUGGUGGCGGGCUUAGGCCUUAUUGCAGAGAACGGAUGUUUCGUGCGCGAGCCGAAUACGGAGGAGUGGUUCAAGUUGACAAAUAAGGCACAGACUGACGCUUGGAAAGAGGCCGUCCGCCAAAUUCUCGGUUAUUAUCAAGAGCGGUCAGAAGGCAGUUGGAUCGAACAACGUCACUGCUCUCUCAUGCUCCACUAUGGAUCGGCUGAAGACCAAGCGGCUGCCUCUCGACUCGCUUCCGAGUGCGCAGACCAUAUCAAUGACUCCUGUGCCAAUCAAGGGGUCCAUGCUGUGAUGAUGAAUGGGGCGCUUGUGGUAGAGCCGGCUGACACGAAUAAGGCAUCAGCUGUGGCUAUGGUAUGGCGGCAUUGCCUGGAACGAAGCAAGAGCGAUCAUAGCGGACGACCGGAUUUCCUGAUGGCCAUUGGGGAUGGUCGAGAUGAUGAGCCGGUUUUCCGAUGGGCGAACAAACUUGAGAACGCCAAGGGAGUUGACUAUGCCAUGACGGUGACGUUGGGAUCCCGUAGCACGGAAGCUAAAGCAACCCUAACUCAGGGGGUGACAGGCGUCCUUUCUUGUCUGGAGAGACUAGCUGCGUCAUCGCUAGAGCAGUAA